ACGUGCUGGCUACAAGGAAUAUACUUUUACAAGCAGUUAAUUUCUACCUUCCACAAAUUUGGAGUGAAACCACUGAUUAGAAUGGUGCCUAGCAAUUAUGCUAUGAUAAGUUAAUUGCAGAGGAACAGCCCAAUGGCUGCAAUUGGCUUUGGCUGAAUUGCACAAAUGUGUGAGGGGAAGAAAGGUGAUGUGUCUUCUGAACAGCAGAGCUGAAAUACUGGCACUCUGCUGCAGUCUAACAUGGGAGCAGGUGCCUCCCUUUCGAUUUGCAAAUCAUUCUCUUCUAUUCAAGUCAGGCACACAACAAAUAAAGUUUCACCAGACCUACAGUUCAGCAGAGAAAGAAGCACAUUUGGUGUUCCUCUGGAAACCCUCCUUCAGGGUGCGACACAAUGUGGGGUUCCUUCUCUUGUGACACAGAUGGUGGAGUACCUAGAGGUGUUUGGUCUGGAGCGUGUUGGUAUAUUUAGAAUUGGUGGUUCAGUAAAUAAAAUCAAAGAAUUAAAGCAGAAAUAUAAUCAAGGAGAAAAAGUGGACCUUAUUAAUGAUGGAGAUGUUGAUUCUGUGGCCAGUCUCCUGAAGCUCUUUCUGAAAGAACUACCAGUGGCUGUUUUUCCAGAAAACAUUUGUUCUGGCUUGCUAAAAACUUUCCAAGAGCACAAAAUCAACACAACAGAAUGCAUAGAGAACAUGAAACAGUUGCUGACCUGCCUGCCCAAAGCCCAUCAAAACCUUCUUCAGUUCCUGUCUGCUUUCCUGUUAAAGAUAGCAAUGCACAGUGAAGUGAAUUUCAUGACUCUGGAAAACCUCUCCAUUGUGUUUGGACCUGCUCUAUUCAAGGUCCCUGUCAGUCCCUUGGCUUGCGAAGAGCAAAGGCUUUACAAUGGCCUCCUGCUAUAUCUUCUUCAACACCAUGAGAUGCUUUUUGUUGACCUGAACCCUUGUUUCUCACAGAGACAAGCAGAUGGCCUUCAGGGAAGCAACACAGAAGAUGCAGGAAGAGACAGACUCACAUUGUUAAGUGCCUCUUCCCACCCCACUUGAACAGUUCAGGUUCUGUCAGCCUUCUUGACAAUCAUGAGCUGAGGUACUUCUACUCUUUUCAAUAUUUUGUUGGGUUUUAUUUCUGCUCAUGUUCAUUCAUUAACUUUUAAUUUUUUCAGGUGUAAGAUCAGUGCUAUUUCUUCUGUCUUCCUUGUCCAUAAUCUGGCUUUGAUUCCACUAGUCAAAAGGCUUUAUUACAUAUGUGGUGAGUGGAACAAGAAGGGCUUUAGCAGGUUACUGACUUAGUGUCAGUACACCACAGAGCAUCAGCACAUCCCUGCCAGGCAGUGACCUUUUUUUGUCCCCUUCAGUUUUCUUAGGCUGAUUUUUAAGGAGGCAGCACCACUUUUCUUCAUCCUUUCUUUUUUUUUAUUACUUCAGAUCUUUUCAGUUUUGAUCUUACUUUGAAUAGCAAUUGGAAAAGAAUAUUCAAGCUCAUAUUCAAUGUCUAGGGAUUUAGCAAAGUCAUGUUAGAAACAGUUCAAAGUAGCUCCAUAUAAAGUUCCAUUCAAGUAGGGCUGAUAUAUUUUUAAUUUAUGUUUGUGUGAGUGAUAGAAGGAAGGUACACUUGUCUGUGUCUGUAUCUGCAAUGGAUUUACAAGGUCAUUUUACUAGGUUAAUGGCAGGUUUUCAGGCACUCAUAGCUGUGUGGUUGUUUUUAAUCCUACAAUUGGGUGAAUUCUUCCUACUAAGAAACACAUCUUGUUGACCAAAGCAGUAGCAAAAUUUAUAUUCUGAAAACUGCACACUGUGGAAACUUAUAUAGAAACACAGAUGGCUGGGUUGUGAUUUGAGACAUGGGAACUAUGUGGUUCUUCAGGUUCUUAGGAUGUUUCAUGGCUUAGAGGGCUGCUCUGCACCAAGAAAUGGAUUGUGCUGUCUACAUCAAUGCUAUAAUGACAAUUUAAAAUGAUGGCAAUGGUCCUGCCUUGGAAGGAGACUUUCUGCUUGUCUCCUUAUGACUUCUGGAAGAACCAGGCAGUCUGCCUACAUAUGAAACUUUUGAGGUUAUUUCCUUGAAAUCUUUAAUUGCCAAAGAGACACCUUAAGUAACAGCUUCCAAGAUUUGUCCUGCUGAGAGCCUGAGGAGGCCAGCAGCUCUGGAAGUGGGAGAUGAGGCAGGUGAAGAAAAUAGAACAGAAAUGUAGGAGAUAGCAAGGCAGUUUUAGGGCAUCUGUACAGCAAAGUGGAACUUUCUGUUGCAUGAGGCUAAUUUAGCUGUGCAUCUCCUGGAGCUCCAGGGCGAGGAGUCUCCAAUCUAACACACUAAUGCUUGGCAGCUUUCCAGGUAAAUGCACAUAUGAGCUUGGAGCUGAGCGUUGCUGCUGCUCUGGCUAUUUUGUGCACAUCCCAGGGCCGUGCUUUGGGAGCAGGGAAUUGCACUGGUACUGAUGAGGUCCCGUGUAACUCACUGUAUGACAGAGGUGGAGAAUUAAGCCCAAGUGUAGCUGCUGUGACUUCUUUGCAGGUUUUGCAGUCUGUUACAAUGCAGCUAAGUAAUAAAAGCCUGUCUGGGUACCUGACUGAGAUCUGCAGGAAUUCCUCAUUAUCCCUCUGAAACUCUUAGUAAUUCUCUUGUAUGUAUGCAAUGUUCUCUGUGUAAUUUCACUGCCAUGGGAAGGGAUAUGUCCCAAUGUUUUUCUAGUUGUGCACUUUGUAGUGUUGUGAAAACAGAUUGCUGCUAAUAGUAAAUAUUCCAUUUUGCAAAGACUACAAACAAUAUGUGAAAAGGUCACUAUUUUUUGAGACUAAAUCUAAGACGUGUAUCCAGUUUUACCAUUUCUCAAAAUUUUCCUGUUGAAGUGGAAAGUUAUUUUUUUUUUAACAGAUCGGAGGACAUGAAAAAAGUUGAUGAUUACUCAUUUCAAGUGGCAGUGACUCACCCAUUUCAUGGGCAUCAUUCCCUACAUUCAUAAUGGAUUUUGAAAAUUGGAACUGACUUCUGCCAACAAAUAAAAUAUUAAUGAAUGUAGGGUUGCAUAAUACAGUUUUUGCAUAAUGUAAUUUUUCCCAGAAAAUGAAAUGACCACCUCCUAAAAAUAAACUGAGGAAAUACUUUACAGUUUUAUUUUGUUGUGAGCCAAAAGAUAUUUGGGUGAGUUUGAAUAUAUGUGCAUUGGUAUAUUCAUUAUAUACAGAGGCUCUGCAGCUUUGAUGCAUGCAUAAGAUGAAACUCCUAAGCGUGUAUUAUAUGGUUUAUUACAAUGACUGCUGCAUUAAUUGUAAUCACUUUAUCAUACUGUUGAGUGUGGACAGUUUUGGAUUUGUUGAAAAGUGUACAGUGCACAAGGAAAGAAGUGAGGAUGCUGAGGACAGUGGAAACUCGGGAGUUCAUCAGCACACAUGAGUAAACAUUUUCUGUAAAAAAUGACAAGGAAAUUUUCUUCCACGCAGCAGGCAGGGAUGCUUGACUGGUCUAUAGCAGUUGUUAAUCAAUCAGUCAAAUGGUCCCUUCAGUGUGGAUUAAAUUUAAUCUGUCCUUGGUUACUGCCUAACCUUUCAAGUGACAGCACAAACCUUUUGUUCCCUCUUCUGCCUGAGGCUGUAGGUCGGGAUUUGGGUCAAGGCCUUUGACAACAACUUGGGGAAAGCAACUGGAUUUUCUAGAGUAAAGGGAAGGGUAAUAAAUAAUAGCAAAGCCCAUUAAUCCUCUUUUCCAUUAGUGACAAUGUCAGAUAAACCUGCCUAGAGACUCUUGUGCAAUGUUACAUGGAUGAUUUAUUGCAUGUGUAGUUUAAGAUGUAAGUGUAAUUUUGAAACAUGGUACCUCUAUAGAUUCACCAAGUGAUAGAAUAGAAUAGCAGAUAAAUUACAGCACCUUAUAAUGGGCAAUUUCAGUACAUCUCUUCAACUGAUUCCCCAGCCUUUUUUCAGUUAAUUCUGGCUGCUUUGGGUGGAUAUGAGCAUUGUUUGCUGAGAAGGCUGACAGGACACUUUGUGAUAAUAGUUGAAAUUAAAAGAAACUUUCUUUGAUGAUGCACUUGGGGAAUGGGUUUCAUUUGGUUACUUUUCUCCUGCCUAUUUGCUGUUUGACAUAUGACUUUUAUAAAAAUGAGCUAGUAAUAAAUUAAUUUGUCUACUCUACAUCUCAGGUGCAAACAGUAGUUAUGGUUUUAUAAAUGCUUUUAAAUAGUGGGAAUUCAUCAUAAUGGUGUAUGAGGAUGAAUGUUUACCUCGUAUUGAAGAGUUUGCUAAUAAUGAAUAGACUCUAAACUUUCAUCUCUUUUAUAUUUAAUAUCUGUAUUGAUUUAAAAAUGCAAAAUGCUUUAUGCCAGGAGAUGACUGUUCCUCAAGCUCUCCUUAAAAUCACUGCUGUUCCCAACUGCAGCUGCAUUUGCUUCUGAGAGAGGACUCAGCUACUUAUUUAUUCUGCUUGAAAUUCACUGCACAAAACUAUAAUGUGACUGAGAGAUGAGUUGCAGUGCACCUGCAGGCCGGGUGCAGGCACUUGAUAGCAGGAUGACUCAACCCUUCAUCCUUCCACUCUGGCAUUCUGCUGGAUUUGCCUUAUGUUUGACUAAGAAAUAAUCUUCCACGUUCUAGACAAACACAUUUUCCUAACAGUUAUUUACUAUAUGUUUUAUUUAAAGCUUUAAGAUACAUUUAUGCAUCACUGUGGUUUGCUUAGAUCUGCACCAUGAUUGUGCUUUGGUAAUCCUUUAGAAACUAUGGAAUGAAAGGCAAUUGAGAGAGAACACUCAGAAAUGAUUUCAAGGCUGACUUUUUAAAAAGAGAGCUAUUAAACAGGUUAGUCACAACCAUGAGUCACUCAAACUUGAGUCACGCUCGUUUUUUGGUGGCGAUAGAUUAUCUGGUUUUCCUGUUUCUCCACGCAGCUAUGAGUAAUGCUGCACUAAGGACUAGGACUGCUUUGGAGAAUGGCUUUUCCCCACUCUGCCUGAAUACAUUUUUCCACUGGGAAGUUUACAAUGUCAUUAUUUGGCCCGUUCUUUUGAAACACUCGAGUGGCUAAUUGCAUGAAACAAGCAAUGAGAUGUAUGCCAAGUGUUGCCUUGAGGAGAGAGGCAAGUAAGGGACCUCACCACCAACCCGUGGUUUGGGCCAUUUCUGUGGGGGUUACUAGGAAAUAUUAAUAGUUAUCCUGUCUGGCAUUAGCCCUUUUGCCACCUCCAGUGGCUGAGCCAGGAACCCUGGAGUAGUUAAACAGAGUGGAGAAGAUCUGUGAGGAACAGAAAAAACAAGGGGGUGUGGGGGCGAAGAACCAAUAUGUCCUGAGAUGGUAACUGGGUUGAUGGUUUAAUAACUGUUGGAGCUGAGUUUGGAUGUGUUGGGUUCUUUUCUUCUAUAUUUGUAGAGAGCAUGCAUCAACACAGCUGUAGUGUUAGGCAUAAUCCCAGAGCCUUUACAACCAUCAUCCCAGACACAAAAUUAGCAGAAUAUGUAUUGGCCAAAUGUUUUCAGCUUGGUGGCUACCUAAAAUUAGUCUGAAACUGUGUAGGUGCUUAAAUGUGGGUUUGAAAGCCUGGAUUUGGGUUAGAAAAUGUAGGCUGUAGUUCUUCAAGCAUCAGCAGAGAGAGGGAAGUUACUGUAGCUCAGAAUAUUCCUGAAUAUGCCUACAUUUAGACUGCAAUAGUCAUUGCUCUUUUUUAAUAAGUACUGUCAGCAUUUUUCUUAAUAGGAAGUCAUGAUGUCCUUUCCUUGUAUUCUUAAAAAAAAAAAAAAGAUAGGGGUUCAAGUAUUGUUUAUUAGUUUUGAAUGGCUCUUCUUCUGAGAAUUUUUCUAAAGACUCUAAUUCUCUCUAAAAAUGCAUAGCUCACCUAGAAAUAAAACUUUCUUCCAUGACUGGUCAAUCUUUCUGAUUUAUGCUGCAUGACUGCUAGAUGGAAAAUAUUAUUAAAAUUAGAAUGAAAAUGUCUUUCUUAUAUUUACAACUCUCCCUGAGUAAUGUAAAACCAAAACAUUUUUCUCUAGUUUGUCAAAGGGUCAGGGGACAACUUGAGAUAGAAAAUGUGAUGAUGUCAUUAAAAGCACUCAAUGUGCUUUACAACAAAGCAUUCAAAAGGGAAAAGUAAUUUUCACUGCCCUUUUGUAGCUAAGCUAUUACAAUAGAUAGCAAAGUGGUAAAGCUGCUUCCUGCAUAAAUGUCUUUCCCACGUGGUUCUGGUUCCUUUCAACAAAUCUAUACAGGAAAUAUUCGAGUCUCAAAUAGUUUUCUUUGGGACCAAAUUUAUGUGUAAGAGGUCAUUUAUUCACUGUCAGUAGUUGUUGUAAAGUUGCACAAGCUCUUCCUAGAGAAAAUUCUUGCUUUCAAAUUCUUUUUGAGCCUUAAAUGCUAUUGCUAACCUGGGAUGAGAACAUAUUCAAACAAAUAACCAACUGAAAAAGAGAACAUGGAAUGCAUUUUGUUACCCAAGCACUGACUGCUGUCCUCUGUGUGUGCUGCAGCACUUCACUGAUCCUGGAGACCUCUGUGAGACAUUCUAAGUCAGAAUGAGAAGAAAGCUCUUUUGCAAAGUCUUGUUAAGUGAGCUUUGUCCUGGUCCUUGUAAGAUGACCUCCCCUUAGGAGUUGGAAAGAACUACAAAACUUGGCCUGAUUAAAAUCAUUGGCUGUUGAAAGAACUUUUCUGUGGUGCCAUGGGUGGGAGAUAAUCUGUGAUCGGGCUAUGUCGGAACUCAGAUCUUGGCAUUUGGGGCAAGAAAGUCUGUUCCCUAAGAAAUGGAGAUGUCCCAGUGUCUCUGGUAUGGGGCAUGCCUGCAGACAAGAGCUCGGUGCCAUCUCAGGAUACUCCUUUCACAGCAGAGGAGCCGAGCCAGCUCACCAGGUAGAAGUGCACACACAUAAACACUAGGCAGUGCAGCAGGAGGAUAAAAAGGCAAGAGCACAGAUGGUGUGUGGUUAUGUGGAUAUUCCCUUGGCUUUGUAAAGAAAUUAGGUCCUGUAUUCCCUGUGUGUCAGCGACUGCCACAGGUUCAUCUCCUCCCCAGACUACCACUAUACAAAAGAAAAUAUUUCUAAGUAAUGAGUAGAUAAAUUUGAACAUGUGUAUAAGAAAUCUGUGUGCUGUUCACUUAUAUUUUCUGUAGGGUUCUGAUUUUAUGCCAUGAAGCUGAAUAUUAUGUAACAGGGUUAUUUAAUUUUUGUGGAGCGUUGUUAUCAGUCCUGACUUUUUUACUGUGUUGAAAGACAUAAUCUGCUGAGAAUGUACAUUUGGGUGAAAUACAGUCCCCUCUGUCUUUCCCUUAAUAUGAAAGAAAAAAAGCAUUCUGCUUACCGGAAAGAAAACGAAACCAAAAAACAAAACCAAAUCGAACCAAAAUAGCCUGAGAGUUAAACAUGUUCUCAAACUUUGGAAGAACAAACUUUUAUCUGUGUUGAGGAGCUAUGGAUUGUCAUUCUGGUAAAUGAAAAUAGCAGGUGGUAGGACACUAGCAUAGAUCAUGAGCCUGGAUAGAAAUAGAAGCCAGACAAAGGAGGACUACUUGCUAUGAGAAGAAAUUAAAACAGCAAGGUAGAAGCAUGAGUUGACCAUUGACUGUGACUGCUAAUAUUCAGUGGCUUAUUCACAACAUUUUGGUGACAUACAAGUGCAGGGGAAUAUGGCAUGACUGAUGAGACUUUUCUGAUGUCAAUGGAUCAUGAUAUUGGAAAAGUUAAUGGCCUGAAACUGUGGUUUUAAAAUGUCAUUGACUAUACAUUAUAGUGAAGAGAAAUUCAGAAAACAACUUGAAAAAGAAAUUGUAGAAAUGAGAAGGAGCAACUGGAGAUUCACAACCCCCCAUAAAAACAGAUGAGCUAAUGCCCAGAAUUUAAGGGAUUUCCCUUGGCUUCCCAUCAUAACUGUGUUUUAUAUUGUAAUUGUUUGUUUAUAUUUGUUGUAUUUACUCUGGAUUGUGUUUGUGCCUUCCUAUUAUGUCCCCCAAUACGAGUUUCUAUUCUGUUGCCCACCACAUUCUUUUUUGCCAUGUGGACAUCUUUUCCUCUCUUUGAGAGGAAAUAUGGCUGGGAGGAAAUAUUAUGCUGAAUUGACAGACAGGAAUAAGUUAACUAAAUGCAGUUCUUGGUAGGGUUUUGCCAUGCCUCAGAAGGGGCUCCAGAGGGGCCUAUGAGAAGUUGGAUCUGUCUUGGGUUUACAUUUACAUGAUGCAUGUAGCAUGUUCAGAAAAGGGCAUAUAAAUAAACACAUUACACAUCAAUUUUGACUUAAUGACAUCAACUUCUCCUCUGACCCUACUUGCCCCUGAAAUUAAUGAACACUUGGCAAAGGACUAACAAGAUUCAUAUCUAUAAAGCUACUGACUGUGGUGAAUGGGGUUAAAAUGCUCUCUGUGGGAUCCUGGAUCUGUACAGUUUUAUCUUGUGUGUGCAAAUGAAGACUCCUUGUUUUUUCAGAUGUAGAAAGGAAUGUCAUCUUUAGUUUUUCUGAGAUUUCAAAUGUUCAGAAUAAUGCAGAGUAAAGCUAAAUUCACUCCUAAACAUCUGCCUGUAUUCCUUUUUGUUUCCAAAAGAAAAGUAGUUCUGGUUAUUCAUUCUGACAAGAGUCUUAAGUUACAGAUGAUAUUUUUGUAACUGCAUUUAUUGCUGUUCUCUUUCUGAAUUUUAGCCAUCAUUCUUGGUGUCACACAAACUGUUAGUGGUUAUUCAGAGUUCUCUGAAUAUGAUCUAAAUGCAUAAAUAGAAAGUAGUUUGUGUUAAGUGGCAUAAGUGGCAUAUAAUGGUGUAGUUCUGCAUUUCAUGUCUUGGAUUAGUUUAUACAUUAAUACUUCAUAAUUUGACUGAACCAGUUUGAAUUUCCUGCAGUGCAACAAAAAUAGAAAGUAGGAAGCAAGCUCUCUAGAAAAAGAAAUAUUCAAGGAUUUGAAGGGUCUGUUUUUAUACCCAAAAAGUACUCAGGCACACCAGGCCAUCCUGCUGGGCUAUUAAUACUGUGGGGAAUGUCCUUGGGUGGUGUAAACCAGCAAAGCUCUGCAUGGACCCCAGAAUAUUUGCCCAGCCCUCUGAGAGCAGCCUGUUGGUGUUUCCAGUUGGGAGUCAGAGGGUAGAAACAUCCACACAUUUUGUAAAUUAGAAGGAGGCUUAGAGGGUAUACAGUGCAAACCUGUUCUUUGUGUUACCUGACCUGUCCCUCUGAUAGUGAGUGUCAUGUGGUGCACAGAAAUGCUUGGGGAGGAAGGCCAGGUGCCCUCUGAAAACACAUAAUUGCUGAUAAUGGAGCUCUUUGAUAAUACUAAUUAAAGAGGUGCUGCCUGUGUGUCACUGAGAAUAAGCUCUGAAAUUAGGCAGCAAUGGCUUUAGGUUGGUUUUGAUCCAUGCCUUUCACAUUGGUAUUGAUUUUGAUUUAAAUCAUUCUGGCUUCUUUACUGCUGGGAAGAUGAAGCUACAGGUGAGGCAGAGUAGUGUAGUGUGUACUACUCUGCUCCUUACACGGAGGAGGAGAUUGAGAAAGAUUUGCAAAGUACCUCAUAAGUCAGUACACUGUUACAAACAGAUGUGGAAGAAGACAAAACCUGAAGUCUUUCAGAGUUACUGUUCUGUGAACAGAUGUUUGGAAGGAGCAGAAACGUGUUUGCACAGGCGUGUGUUUGUGUGCGUGUGUGCACACAGGUUAUAAAACUGGGUUUCUGGGUGGUGAGGAAGAGCUCUGCAAAGGGAAAUCUGAGGGAAAAAUGUGUGCUUUCUUGUUUAUUUUCUGCUUUCAGAAAACUAGUAGAUUGCCCAGGUUAAUCAGCAUUGCCAUCUACCAGCCAUCUACCCAAGAAACAGCAAAAAAUGACACAGAAACGGCAAAAAAGACACACGUUUUUCUCAUUCCAGGGCUUAACAAGAACCAAUUGUUUGGCUCCACUCAUCUAUGGACCAAACAGAAAAAGGCAUUAUUGUUUUUUGAAUGUAUGAGUCGAUAGUUGCUUGGUUUUCCCUUUACUUUCAAAUAUUAAACUUUUAGAAAAUGUGGUUUAGCUCAAGCUCAUCUUUCCAUUUAAUUUUAUUGUUAUUAUUAUUAAUGAAAAAUGCUGGAAAAGCUAUGCAUUUAAUCCCUAAUUUGGCAUUCUUGCACAUAAAUUACAGUCCAGCCUCCACCUGUAUGAUCACGUUCAAAUUGUUCAGCAAGAUCUCCAGUCUUAGAAUGUAAAGGAAAUUCUUGAAUGUUUGAGAGUGAAAUCUAUUCCUGGCUGAGCUGGUUAGUUCUCUGUGGUUGUUUUUAGAUGAAGAAACACAAAGUAUGGAACUUCCUAAUUCUGGCUUUCCUUAAUUUUGAUGUUCACGGGAUACUAAUUCCUCUUUAAAAACUUUAAUGCAUGUAAUAUUAAUAAAUACUGCUAAUGUUUUCCAUUGUUUCCAGUAGGCCUCUAAAAUAAUCAGACUAAGAGUGUAAAGUGACCCUGCAGCAUUCCUGCACUAUUGGAUAGCUUGGCCAAAAAAGAGGGAACACUGUUUUAAAAGGCCACCACCCCCAAAAUAAACCCACCGAAACAAAAGAAAACAACCUUAUUGCUGCCCUUAGCUAAACACAUUCUCCACACUCUGCUCCAGGGAGGAAGUGUUAUCUUUUACAAUACCUUUGCCUUUAAUUUCCUCUCUUAUCUUCCUACUAUCACAAACAAAAGGAACACUGUGAGCUUGCAGACAGAUCAGGUAGAUAAAUUAAUUCAGAGAGGUCAUUCUUGCGACUGAUGUUUUCUUAAGUAGUGGUGAAGAUCAAGGCUUUUUACAUAAGAAUUUUUACUUCCAGGUGUAGUGAUCUGUUGAAGCAUUCUGGGCACCUCAGUAAAAUUAAGGGGGUGUGUGUUUCUCCAUCUUGCAAUGUUCAGAGGAAAAACUGGUUUUGAAUUAGUGCUGUGUUGAGUUUAGCUCGAUUUUGGUGUAAACCUGAUGGAAACAGUUUUGUCAUCUGUGACAGUAUCAGGUUAUCUGCAGUGGAUCACUGCAGUCUAGCAAGCCUUAGCAGAUCAGUCAGUGGUACCAGUUUGACUGCUACAGCUGGAUUUAUCAUUCAGCCUUGUGCUGGAUAAUGAUUCUUGCGCAUCUGUACAGAGAUUUUCAGCAGAGCUGAUGGAAUUUCAUAAAGAAGCUUGUUCUUUAAUAACAAAAUUAGAGGCACGGUUUAGUAUUUCAGCUUAGCACACUUCCUUGAGCCAGCAGGCCUAUAUGGAAUCAGCUAAUGCUAAUUAACCAGGGCAGCAGGAGCGGGGUAACCCUCCAGCAGAGAGCUUGGUGUGGGCUUCCUGCCCCAGCAGUUACCUGUGGUGUUGGCAGGUCUCACCACUGACAUGGUUAGUGCUUGCUCAGGUAAGUGCACCUGAGCUGCAAAAACAUAAUGAAGUGAUGGCACUGUAGUGGUUCACAGAUCAAAAUUCCCAAUCUGCACAAAAUGAGGUAGUUCCAUGACAUUUUACCCUUUAAAAGAGGAGGGAUCUGACUGAUGUAUGUCUGUGCCUUUUGGGCUACAGGGUAGAUGUGCUUCCCUCGGUGCAAACUUGGGUGUACUAUAGGAGUGCGUAUGGGAUUCAUUGGCCCACCGCUCAGAAGGCUUGAGCAAGGAAUUACGUACAGUUUGAUUGCUCUCUGAAAUAUCUCCAUAAUAUAUAACCCUGAAGGUCUGUGCAGUUGCACAGAGCUUUAUCCAACCCAACAGAAGUGCACCUUAUGGAAUCGCCCUGGAUUGGAUCAGGACAGCUGUGUCUGCACCUACGCUCAGCUCGAGUCUCCUUCUGCAGGAGCUUGUCAGUUCGUUUUAAGACGUACAGCAGGAUCAACUGAACGCUUUUCCCCCCAGGCCUGUUCACUCAGAUACGUCCUAAUUAGGUCACUGAGAAAAUCAAAGGUACAGAAACUGGACUGAGUGCUCACCAACUGGCUCCUGCAUGUAACUGCUGUAUUUUAGUUUAGCUUCUCCCAAGAUGUUUCCUGAUGUCUCUGAGAAUGUUACCCAUAAAAAGGCAGGCUGCUCGUCAAGGAAGCAAGUCAGUGAACACAUGAAUAUUUUGAGCCACAGCAUGUAGCAUUCAGUAUUUAUCACUACAGGAAAGAACCAUGUGACUUCUCUCUCACAUGGUAGCUCCUUGGUUUAUGCCUUACAGAUUGGAAAAUAGCAAAAGUAUCCUGCAGGAUCACUUUUGAAGAAAGGGCAAGGCACUGGAAUGAUCCACAGUGCUAACAACACUUUGCUGCAGAUUGGUUCCUGCUCUUACCCCUCAGGAAAGCUCUGUGUGUGUGAAAACAAUGGACUUGCUAAAGCCAGAGAUGAGUUAAUGCUUUACUGCCUAAAAAAAAGUGUUCAGUGGCAAGUGUGACCUCAGAAGUAGCGGUGUGGCCUGACAGGCAAGCGUGUUUAACCUGCCCCUUCGUGGAGUUGAAUGCAUUUUGUCCAUGAAAGCAUAUGCUGUGUAGGGCUCAGUGCACCUCCUUUUUGGUGCAAUUUGAGAGGGAGAUGAAGGACUGCUGGAGCACUUCAGGGUAUUGUUUCUUGGCUGGAACACACAUACUCCAAGACAAACAAAUUUGCUCAAUAUUUUUAUGAGUCUCUGAGCUCAUUUGGUUCUGGCAGGGAUGACUUGACUUCAUCCAGAGAGACAGUAGGGGGGAGAUCAUUCCAAGUUUCCCUUUAUUUGGGUAGUGGAACAUGAGUAACUUCUUCCUAGAGCUGGAGGGAGUUGCCUCAGGCUCCUCAUCAUGCACACUGUGUCAUACUGUGUGUCUCUCACGUCCCUCCACAGCAUCUAGAGCAGCUCCCUUGUAUGGCCCAAGUGCAGUGCAAAAUGUAAUUGCCUCUGAUGCAGCAAUUUCAGCACAAGCACUUUGGACUCUGUGGAAUAACAAAUAAUAAUAAAGAAAAUAGUCUUGCAAUGAAUGCUAAUCACACCCUAUAGUAUUACAUUGAGUUUGUCAUUAGAUAGCAGAUGUUAAAUGCAGAAAUACUAACUUUCACAGAACCUUAGAGAGUUUAGAGUUCUUUGUAAAUAUCUAAUCUCCACUUUAAAAAUACGGUUGAUUUCCCAGUACAAAUUCUUCAUUAUUUGUAGUUAAGGCUGAAAGGCCUCAUCAUUUAUCUGAGUCAGAAAUGCCCUUAAGAUUUACUAAGGUGAGCAGAUUCUGGAAACUGAGGCAAAGGUUCUGUUCUGCAGGUGAACCCACAAAGCCUCAAAGCCUGCAGAGGUGCAUGCGUGUGUGGCCUUUUUAGACAAUUCUAGUUUGGCAAGAUUCACUAUUCCUCUUUUUUUUCUGACCUUUUGAUCUUGAUUGUUGCACUGUCUCCUGUUCUCCUGAAGCCAGAACUAUUUCUGCCCACUUUUGCCUCACUAUGUCUCUCUUCUUUUGCAGACUUAGACUGCCUUUGCAAGGCAUUCACUGCCUGAUAUAAGUUUAUAGUGCCAGUUAAUGUUGUUCCAAGCUUCUGAACGUAAUAUUUAUGUUGAGUGUGUGUCUCUGUUACAUGCAAAAUCAAGCUGGAGGCUGAUUGCUAUUUCAUUCUUCUUCUUGACCUAGCAGUGAUUCUCUUGACGAUACAAACCAAAAAAAAAAGAAUGGAAUUUCUAUGCCAAUCUGUCAGUCAUAAGCAGGCAAUGUAUUAGUCAAAUUUUCAGAAGUGAACAGCAAUAUAUUUCUGAAACCUGGUAUCUCCAAAACGAGUGUGGACAUUUGCUUUGGGGAACUCUGCAUUUUUGUUGUCAGCUGGGAGCUGUUAUGUCAUGUUUAUAAUGUUGGCUUGAUCAACAUAUGGCAAAAGAGGGUAAGAACAAAACUAGGUAUAAAAUGGGAAGCUUUUCAACAAAGAAAGUAUCUUUUCAUAGAUAAGAUUUGCAAAAAUAUGAAUCACUGAAACUGUUCAGAAUAAAUAAGGAAAAAACGAUUAAAAAACCUUUAUUUUCAGAAUUUCAGAAAUGUUUAUUUCUAAUGACUUCAAAAUAAAAAGUCCUUAUGUCUGCUACUCAGUGGGAAAGUCCAAAGCUUACUUCACACGUAGGUGUAGCACUAUUUUCACUGAGAGUUCAGGAUGAUGAGAGACCUGGCAUGUCAUCUGAAUGUGGUGAUGAAAUAUAUCUGGCAAUGAGAAUUUCAGCCUGUUAAAGAGCGAUGUUUUCGUAACAUUACAAGCCUAAUUGGCUUGAACAUCAUUAUUGAAAAUAAGGAGGUAAUAGCAGUGUUAUAUUUUCCCUGAAUCUGAGGCUUAGAAGGAAACAGAGAUGCAGGUUCAGGCAUCUUUGGCUCUCCCUUGCAGGGCUAGAGGCUCUUUGCCUGCUCCAGUCUCACCCAGAGCAUGUGGGCAGGAAGCAGGUGGAAGGAACUGGGGUCAGCCAAUAGGCCCAAACUGGGAUCAUUGUUGAAACAACAGUUUGCUACUAAAGACAAAUUACUUCCUUCUGCAAGGAAAAGAAGGAAGUACAGUGGGUCUACUGUGGUUCCUCUCUUGGGUUCCCCCAGGAGCAGGAUGGCUUCAUCUCUCUGCUCGGGCCAUGAGCUCUGAAACAGGUUCCUGAGUCUGGCUGGCCUUUACCUUCAUGUAUUUAUUAAUGCUAUUCUGUUUUGCAUGAAAUUUUUAUGUUGUUGAAUGG